AUGGACCAAAAAAUAAUCGAUUACAUCCGAGAUGAAUUGGAUGAGAGUUUGGAUCGCGAGUAUGGCGCGUUAGUGAACACAAGACUUGCUAACAAUUGCGCUGACAAUGCUAAUAUGAAUGCUGGUAAUCGGUCAUCAAAAAAAUCCGCUCAACACUAUCGCUAUGCACCAACUCGAAUGAUUGUACACCCUAUGCAGCAGCAAUCCUCAGAUCAACCGUAUUUUCGAGAACCUAUUGUGUCCCAUCAGCAAUUCCAUCGCCAACAACAGUACCAACAAUUCUCUGACGACACGACCAGCAGUACGGCGAGCGUCUCAGCCGAGCAAAUCCAUCCGAGAUUCCCUCCCGCCACACUACCAAAACCCUCUUACGAAAAGCACCAGUCGAGUCCUUCACCUCCAGCACUCCCCAAGAAACCACCCCCCUUUAUGUCGAAAUCUGAGAGCGAAGAAAUCCGUCGAAUAGCACAAUUCAAUGAGGGAUUUGUUGCUAGUCAACAACAACUACAACAACGAGCAUCAACUUCGAGGGAUGUUGACGGACGACGUAGUGCAUUUAAAGGGCUCACACCAAAUCCUCCGAACACCCAGAAAAUGCCUGACAGUUCAAGUGGUAAUGCUGAAAUUGAGAGAAAUGAAGCAAAAAAUGCUGAUAAAAAUGAUAAUAUUGUUUGUGCGGCACCGGUUGGCCAGCGAUCUCGGCGUUUCGCAACCAAAAGCACUGAAUCGAGUAGCGGUCGAAGACGUUACCCUAGAGCUGAUGAUGCAUCCAAUCUUAGAGUUCAGCGGAUCGACAACAAAUCAUCAGAGGAUGAAGACAGCACUUCAGUUUCGAUGUCGGGAUCACUCGGAAGCGCUGUACAUGAUUAUGAGAAUUCAACAACGCUGGAACGAAGUAACAGCGAUCUUGCGAUGUUAUCCAGAAUGGUAUCGGCAAACGAGCAACGAGCAGCCAACCAAAGGAAUCAAGUGCUCACAACAAGUUCUGAUGUCAACGCCGCAACAACAACAACAACAUCAACGUCGAAUCACAGCAAUACCGUUCAAUACAAUCGACAAUCUUCACGUCGCAGUUCCACACCACCAAAUGCUUAUAUGAAACGUGCUUAUCGACGAUACUCGAACGAUAGCCAGUUCUUGAAUUAUGGUUUUGUUGAGUCUGACGACGAAAUUCUCACAAGCCGAAAACAUUCUAACACAUUGCCGAGUGCUCACCUAUCGGCUUUAACGCAUCAUCUGAGCGACAGUCCGAACAACGAUAAUAAUGGUCGAUUUGAUGCAGAGUUCCUACCACCAAUAGUAGCUUCAAUAGAUUCAAGUCGAGAAUCCAUUAUCGCUCGAAACAAUUCACCGAGACGAACCAGUUCUAGAGCUAAAAAGAUGUAUGGAAAGCGAGGCUUUGAUGUUGUUAUCCGCACGCAGAGCGAAAGCGAUAUCAGUGAUAAAUCGCGACACAACACCAAGAAACCAUCAGUAAUUCACGAGAGACCUGUAGAUGCAUUCUAUGUUACUGAAUUCUAG